AUGCCGAAGAACAAGAAACCCCAAGCUCCGCCCCCUGAGGUUUCAGGUCAACCGGAGACUCCUGAGGUUCAACAAAAGAAAGUUUUCGAUAUGCUAACAUAUAUAAAAGGACAUAUGGAUAAGGAAAACGGUUUCAUUGGCGAAUCGAACAAUUUUCAGGGAAGAACAGGAAAAGGUCGAGCUAUACACAUGAACAAAAAAGAAAAAGCAGAACACGAAGUAAUAAUAAAGAAAAACUAUAAAACUUUGUUACCUGGUCAAAUGAAAGUUAAUGAUUACCUCAAUGAGAUGAAAGCAAUGAGGUCGAAGGCGAUCAACGAAGCAAAACGUAGAGGAGAGUUCAAUGCAAUCGAAAUGUUGAAACUAAGACACGGAUGUCUACCCAUCUGGGAUCCAAGUUCUAAGUCUGAACCGUUCGGAGCAGGGGGAUACGCGUGGCCAGACAACAAGAAACUACAGAAGGAUGAUGAAGUUGCAGCUUUCGUGGAAGAAUCCAAAACAUGGAUUAUGGCUGAAGUUGUUGGGUCAGUUUCUAACCACCGCUACGAAUGCAUCGACAUUGACGAUGAAGAGAGAAAAGUCGCAGUGUUUGCUCGGAAACAACUCAUACCAAUGCCGCAGUAUACCGUCCACUAUUGUCAAUACCCAAAUCUUGCCUUACCAAAAAACGCAAUUGUUUUGGCUCUCUUCCCUAACACAACGUGCUUCUAUGAAGGAAUCGUUCAUGAGCCUCCAAAAAGAGCAUCUGAACAUUAUCAAAUCCGUUUUGUCGACAACGAUAAACCCAGCAAAUACUCUGAUCCGGUGCCCGUGUCGGAUAGAUAUGUCACUGCUUUUAAAAAGGAUCCAAUAAUGUACAUACGUCCUGCUAAAAGAGUUGAACUGGGACUCGAGGAGCCAAAGGAAAUCUCUCCGAGUAAACAAAACAAGAAGAAGAAGAAGAAGGAGAAGCAAAAGAAUACUGAACAAAACAACGUGAUUGAUGAAAAAGAUGUGCCAGGACCAGCUCCAAAAGCUCCGACUUACUAUGAGUCGCCGGAUGAGACUGCGCCAGUCAAAAAACAGAAGCCAAGAAAGAAGUCAGCGGAGCCAAAGGUCAAAAUCAUAAGAGCUAAAGUUCCGGAACACAAGAAACAUGUAUCAACUCGUCAGUUUGGUAAAAGAAAGGUCAAGAGAAAGCCGAAGAAUGUGGUUCCAACGAGUGUGGAUCAAGUCAAUGAGCCUUCAGAUGAAGUGAAGCCAGAGGAAAAACCGGAAACUGAAAGAAUGGACACAGAGGAUACGAACAUGGAUGUAGAGCAUAAUGAUUCUGAUUCUCAACCACAAUCGCCUCUCACAGGACUUGCUCGAUAUGGUUUAGAAGAUGAGAGAGAAGAAACUGAGAGUGAGGAAGAAGAGGAAAAAAAUGAAGAUGAUGGCAAACAAGAAGAGGAGAAAGAAGAAGAAGAAGUCGAUGAUGAAGAGGAAGAAGACACUGAAACUCAAAAAGAAGAAAAAGAUAAUACAGGAGACGAUGAAGAAGAAGAAGAAGAAACGAGAGAGCCUCACGAUCCAGAAGAAGGGACAUCCUCUGGACCAAGACAUCAUGGAUUUGAAAUCGAAUCCGACAGUGACGAAGAAGAGAAAGCACUUAGUUCUUCUGAUGAUGAUUCCAGCGAUGCUCUUUCUGGACUAACUAUAUCAGAUCAUGAACGUGAUGGAAAAGGAAUCAACUCCGAUCAUGAACCAGAGCUCUGA